UCUAAUCGUUCUGGAAUUUGAAGUCAGACUGUAUGCAUAUACUUCGCUGCUAAAGUAGACCUUAAUGAUUUUCUAAAAGUCUUGAGAAAUACAUUUACUUCGUAAUCUUGACUAAAAUUUACACGAAUCUAUUCUAAAUCAUCGUGCUGAAGCCUGUCUGAUACAGUUUCUUGAAGAGGUUUAUAAUGGAUCUGAGAGAGUACUUGAACAGGAUUGGGUUUACUGGCCAGUUCAGCAAACCUGACCUGGACAGUUUGUUCACCAUCCACAAGCUGCAUGUUAUGAGUGCCCCAUUUGAGAACUUCAGUGUUCACAAUGGGGAGAAGAACUCAAUGGACCUGCGUGUCAUCUAUGACAAAAUAGUCAAGAGCAAUCGAGGAGGCUGGUGUUGUGAAAACAACCUCUUGUUCUCAUGGGCCCUGAAGGAGAUGGGAUACAAAUCUACCAUAUUGGGUGGCAGGGUGUUCAACUCUCUGGAACAGGACUUUCUUCCUAGUGACUCUCAUCUUAUCAAUCUGGUGGAGAUUGAUGGAAAGCAGUACAUCGCUGACGUGAGUUUUGGUAUGUCAUAUCAGAUCUGGUAUCCCUUAGAGUUGAUCUCAGGUAAAGACCAGCCACAGCCUCCAGGAGUGUUUCGCCUCACAAACAACGGUGAGAAGUGGCUUCUGCAGAAGACCGGAAGGAAGCAAUUGAUCGUAGAUGACGGUUUUGCUGAUUCUGGCCUUGUUGACAAACGGCUCACCAAAACAUUAUACUCCCUCACGUUAACACCACGUGAUGCAGAUCAUUUCCUGGAGAUGUCGGUUAUGCUGCAGACUAACCCAGACUCUCUCUUCCUGCUCAAGACCAUUUGCUCCCUUCAGACAGCCACUGGCUACAGAGCUCUGCUCGGCUCGACAUACAGUGAAGUCACUUUCAAAGAGGACUCAGAUUCAGUGGAAAUGAAGAAAAUCCCAGAUGAUGAGAUUGAGGCUGUGCUGAAAGAAAAGUUUAAUAUGGUGUUGGUUAAUAAGUUCACUCCUAAAAACCAGAAAGCUGAUUACCGCAUGUAGUACUAUGCUACUCUUGACUCAUAAUCUAGAAAGCUACCCUGUGUGUAGGACUGGGCGAUAAUUCGAUAUCGAUAAUUAUCAUGAUGUAUAAUUUUUCGAUAUAAAUGAUAAUGACAGUUUGAUAAUUGUCCGAUAAUGUUUAUGAAUGCUUAACGCUGCGCAGGCGUUUUGCAACCUGCAUUUCCAAAACUACAGGCUGCAUUAUUUAAGGGCAUUUGUUACAACAUUGAUAGGAAAUUUUGUUGUCAAACUUGUUUCCUUUUUAAUAUUAAGAUAUUUUCUUUGAAAUUAGUUCAACCACUAUUGUUCCUCAUCGACGGUAAAAUAACUAGCCUUUAUAUAUUUAAAGGACAUCAGGACAUAUUAAAAAUGCAGCAAAUAUAUGACAGAUGUUUACAACAAAAGUGGAUCUUUCAAUAAAUCCGUAUCCACAGAGCGAAACAACAUCAUCCAUCCACAGUUGUGUAAGACAGGGACAAACAAAAAUAAAUAUUUUUUGUUGAAAAUGUAUCUUUUUGCAACAAAUUUCGUUUUGUAUAAUGUGUAAUUUAAUUAUAGUGUACGUUUUGUUGGUAAGUUAUCUACAACAUAAACAAGAAAAACGAAUAACAUCUGAGGUGAAGCGCUUCAAAACAAGUCUGCUUUAUGCUUUAGCGCCAAAACAAUCACGGUUUGGAUUUAAUCCGUUUAAUCAAGCGGUUUGAGUAGGACAAUCUUUACAAAAUAUUUGCAGCAUUGAUAGUAUUCUUAUAUUACCUCGGAAGAAUAAACUCUGUCGCAAGGAUGAGAACUCAAAGUCGUUGUGUGAAUGGAUGCGCAAUUUUUGAAAUGAGAGUCUGCAUAGUCCUUUUCGUGCCAGUUAAAACCGAGAUCUACGCAUUACCCGGUUUUAUGCAUCCCGCAAUAUGUCAAGAGAGCAACGCCAUAAGGUGUGAAAAUCUGCUUCAUUCACGCGUCAAAUUCACUUCAGAAUCAGAUUCGCGUCAUGGGCAGGGUCUGCUUGGUAAAUGUAGCUUCCUUGCUAAAUGGCUAACAUAGAUUUUAUUGAGAGAAGAGCUGUGUUUAUGUGCUUUAUGAAGGCUGAAAAACGGCGUUGAUUCGUUUGGAGCCGUAUAUGGGUCCACUAAAUGCUUUCAGAGGUGCAGCUAGCUCUGUGAGCUCAUAAACUCCUCCAGAAACUUAACCUGGCUAACGGAAGCUUUCAGCGCUGCUUCUGACUGAGCUGAGCCCAGUUUGAUGAACUGUUGUCGGCGUCUUUGCAUUGACUUAACAUGUAAAUCACUCACGCUUGAUGCUGCUUUCGUCUCUGGUGUGAACAAAGCAUUAAAAGGACAGUUCAUCCAAAACUGAAAAUUCUGUCACCAUAUAUUUUUUCUGAUGUAUACAAUAACUUAUAGUGUAAUGUCUUUGGUUGUUGAAAUUUUAAACUGUAAAUGCUGAAAAAUGAUAGUCAUUUAAGAUUUUUUAAAAUUAUUUUUUCAUUUAUAUUGCCAGACAGCUAAAACAUUUCACAAAAAUGUGUUAAAUCAGCUGCACAAAGGUAUUGGCAUGCUGAAAAUCCUUUAAAAUUAAUAGAUAUAAAGAUUUGACAUUUAUCGUGAUAAUUAUCGAUAUCAACUGAUAUGAAGAACAUUAUCGUGAUCAUUUUUUUUGUCUUAUCGCCCAGCCCUACCUGUGUGUGUUAAAUUGUACCUGAAAGCUCUCGGUCAUUUAUGUUGUUUGAUCUUUGCUUCAUUUUAUGUGAGAGCUGCAUCAUUAUGACACAAUCAUUACUCUUAAUAUUUUAACAUUGAUAACCAAUUAAUACACAUGUGUCUGUUGCCUUAUUACAAACAUAUGCAGCACAUUUCACAUUAUACACAUUAAACUAACAAAACAUACUUUUUAACAGACCUAAUGCCUCUUUGGUGUGGCAUUGAAUACAUUUGGUAUAGAUGGUUUUGGUGAGUGUAGUAUUAGCAAUGCACUUUUUGAUAUAGGCACUAGGUCUAUGUGGUUGUUUUAGGUGGCUGGGAUGUUGUUGUUGAUGUGCAGCCAUGUGAAGACACUCAACAGUCCCUUGCCUCUUGCUGUGUAGAUCCUAGUCCUGUUUAUUUUCCAGCGAGUAAACAUCUGAGAGUUCAGUUUUGGAAGAGCUGAUAUGGUGGGGUUAGCAGUUAGCCUAACUUGUAUACCUACACGCUUACUGCGCUUCUGUCCUCUCUCACACUGAUUGUAAUGAUGCCUUUUAUGGAUAGAGAGGUUCAGCUUCAGCAGUAAACAAAGGACUCUUAGCUUCUCAUCGGUCACUGGUGACAGUUGGUGUUUGUAUAUUCUGCUGAUUUCUAAAUGAAGUGGCGAUGCCAAUGAAGUGGAGGGGACCGAUAUUCCACAGGCCACAUUCAACCAAAUUGACUUCAUGCAAAGGAAAUGUGUUGCACUGCAGGAGGCAAAUGGUGAUCACACACAGUACUGGCAUUAUUUUGGCCAGCCUAAGGCACACCUGUGCAAUAAUCAGGCUGUCAAAUCAGUAUAUUAAUAGGCCACACCUGUGAGGAGGAUGGAUUAUUACGGCAAAGGUGAAGUGUUCACUAAAACAGAUUUAAAUGUAUGAACUAUAUUUGAGAGAAAUAGACCUAUUGAGUACAUAGAAAAAGUUUUAGAUAUUUGCUCAUGAAAAUCCAACUUAUGAAAGUUGAAAAAUGGAACCAAAAACAAAAAGAAGAUUGUGACUUGCCAAAUAUGGUGACCCAUACUAAAAAAUGUGUGCUCUGCCUUUAACCCAUACAAGUGCGCACACACACAGCAGUGAACACAUACAAACAUUGUGAACCUGUGAGUGCUCACCUGGUGAGUAGUUGGGGUUCGGUGCUUUGCUGAAGGAACUCACCUCAGCCUUUUUGUGCACUCUUUUACAGUCGGCUGUUGAACGUUUGGUGUACGUUUGGGCCACCAACACCAUUUGUUUUUGUUGAUGCUAGUUAUUUGGUGUCGGCUUGGUUUGUCCCAGCCUUAAAAGUGUUGCAUUUAUAAUACUUGUUGACUGUAGUAUGCUUAAUACAGGUUUAGAUAAACUUAAAAAUAUUAUAAGUAUUGUAAUCUCGCUAAGAAGCAUUGUGUCAGGGUAUGAUUCAGCAAAUAUUUGAAUAACAAAUAUAAACCAACAUCCUUAUAUCAACACCCUUAUCGCUUAUAAACCACCAUCCAAGUAUGCUUUGGGUCCAAAGAUGCUCUUUCAUGUUGUAAAUAAAUUUGUGUUUUUGAAACCAACAAAGAUUCCAGAAGUGAAUGGUUUAUUUUAGUUAUUUAGCCUGAAAUGUUUACUGUACCAAAUAUUUUAAAUGUUUAUUUUUUUAAUAAAGUAUAUUGUGUUCAA